AUGUUCACCAAGAAGCCAAGACCUGUGCAUCGUGCUCGACCACAGGGAGUGCACGGUAGUACCAAUUUAAAAAACACCAUCCUCACUCGCAAUGACAUCCAUUGCGGCUUGGUGGAGUGCCCUCUAUGCCCAAAGGAAUUCCCAAAGGAGUCUACGCCGCCUUCGCUUCUUCCAACGCUUCCUUUACUAAUUCCGGAUACCGACGUUGUACUACAAAAUGUCAACGCUUUUGAGGAUUCUCGGGUUGCGAAUAUUGUUUUCCUGAGUACAGUCUUGGCCGAGGUUCAUUCCCGCAACAAAGCUAUUUACAUGCGUCUGCAGAGCUUAUUGAAAUCGGGAUCCACCAAGCCAAUCUACGUCUUUGCGAAUGACCGCCAUGAGCAAACCCACUGUCUUCCAUUAAAAGAUGAAACCCCACAUCAGUACAAUGAUCGAUGUAUAAGGGUGGCCUCUUUGUGGUAUAGUCGACACGUAUUAAAGGCCUUUCCGGCCCUGAGUGAGGCCUUGCCUGUGAUCUUCGCCACUCACAACAAUGCGCAAAUGCAGCGGUUGGAUUCCGAAGGCUCGGUUGAGAUGUUGCCGAACUUUCAUUGUUUAGGGAUGCGUGAGUACGUGGAGACUUUUAUUAGCACCGAUUCCGAUCUUGCCGAAAAAGUAAAGAUAAGUGAGACAUCCUUAACCGGCCAUUCGCCUUCCAACAGCGGGGCCAACCUCUUCACCCCCUAUCUUCCUUCCUCUGCGCUUGAAUCCGGGGUGCAGAUGGGGUAUUUCUUCCGUGGCAAACUACGUGUUAGUGAUUCUAGCUGCUUUUUUGGCGAAAUACGCUCCAAAUUCGAAGGACAUGGCUUUGAUCGUAUUAUUAUCCCAGGCCGCUCGAAUCUAAAUCGCGCCAUUCAUGAUGAUGUGGUGAUUGUUAAGCUUUUGCCGAUCCCGCAAUGGCGAGGUCGCACUAGAGGUCCCAACCCCAAUACCAUUAAUGCAAACACAGGGCCCAAUGCCACCUCUUCACCCCUUGUGGCCCCGUCCUCUGAACAGGAGGCGGGGAAUACGAAUGCCGACGCCGCCCCGAUGACGGAAGAAGCGGCCUUGGCGUUAGGCUUUACCGCCACGGGCGAGGUGGUGGGGAUUGAGCGGAUGUCCCGUCGCCCUUUCUGCGGAAGUCUGGACGUGGAGGAGGUGAAUCAACUUUCGGCCGGCUCUUCUGGGAUGGUGUCGUUGCUUUUUCGCGCUAAGGAUAACCGCAUUCCACGUAUUCGGAUCACCACCCGACACGCAAACGACCUCAAGGAUAAGCGACUUAGUGUGGUGAUUGAUGACUGGCCGGUAAACUGCAGCUUUCCACUCGGGCAUUACGUCGAGGUGCUGGGUAAGAUCGGCGAUCCCGACACCGAGGCGAAGGUGAUUCUUAUGGAGAACGAUAUCCCGCAUUACGACUUCAGUCAGGCUGUUUACGAUUGCCUGCCUAAAGGGCAAUGGUCGGUGACGUCGGAGGAAGAGGCGGUGCGGCUGGAUCUACGCGAUUUGGAGAUCGUCAGUGUGGAUCCGUUGGGCUGCCGCGAUAUCGAUGAUGCCCUGCAUUGCCGAGUGGUCAAUCAAAACCACUGGGAGGUUGGGGUUCACAUCGCGGAUGUCACCCACUUCGUGCGGGAGCAAACUCCCAUUGAUGAGGAAGCUGCUAAACGCAGUACGAGCGUCUAUUUGGUCGAUCGCCGCAUUAAUAUGUUGCCGCAAUUGCUCACAGAGAAUCUCUGUUCUCUAGUGGAGGGGGAGGACCGCUACGCAUUUUCUGCAUUGUGGGAAUUUGAUGAGAAUUAUAAUCUUGUCCAGAGUUGGUUCGGCAAGACCAUCAUUCGAUCUCGUCGUGCGUUCUACUACGGUGAUGCUCAACGCAUGAUUGAUGACGUGAAGGACCACUCUGGAUUAGCGCAAUCAUUGCGUCGCCUGAUGACGCUCGCCAGACACUUUCGGGCUCAGCGUGAAAAGGACGGUGCCCUUUUCUUGGCUUCACAGGAGUUUAAAUUUAAGGUUGACAUGAACCACGUUGAUCGGACGGAUAUGCAAGAGUAUGAGACAUUUGAGGCCAAUUCAAUGGUGGAGGAGUGGAUGUUGUACGCGAAUGUGGCUGUAGCGAGUAAGAUUUACGAGCACUUUCCUAACUGGACUUUGGUGCGGCGGCAUCAGCGACCAGGCGAAGGGGCAUUUGAUGCUCUUAAUGAGGUUCUUAUGAAAAAACUGCAGAUGCGUCUAGAUGAUACCUCUUCCUUAUCUCUCAGCCGUUCUUUGAAUGCCUGUGUGAGUUCGUCGGAUACCUACUUCAACAAGCUCAUUCGCAUCCUUGCGACCCGGUGCCUUCGUCAGGCGCAGUACUCCUCCAGUGGAGAGAUCCCCAAAGAUGAGUAUUACCACUUUGGCCUUGCGAUGGGGAUGUACACUCACUUCACAUCACCAAUUCGGCGUUAUGCCGAUGUGAUUGUGCACCGUCAGCUCGCCGCGGCGAUCGGCAUCGGCGAGGUCAAUGCGACCAUUAUGAACACACGCCAUGUGCAGGCUUUGGCGGACGAAAUGAAUUAUCGCCAUGAACAGGCCCAGCGAGCCGGACGGGAUUCGCAGAAUUUAUACACGGGCUUUUACCUCCAGACCAUCGAGUCUCGCGGCGCCGCGAUCGAGGAAGAUGCCUAUGUGGUGCGUUUUUCGGAUGCCUACAUAUCGGUGCUGGUGCCUAAGUUCGGCCAAGAGAGCCGCAUCUUGAAGGAGAGUCUUCUGAAGGUUCCUGAGCUACUGGACAGAGUCCGUGUCCGAAUAGAUGUCCGAGGCAGUAAUAAACAGAAUCCCUCUAGAGCGAAGAUAGAGUGCUCGAUCCUUGGGUAUAUGCGUUGUGAUUCCGAGGAAGCGGCAAAAAUUAGCGAGGAUCUCAUGGAAGGCUCAAAAGAGACAACAAAGGUAAUCCCUGAGAGUGAUGGUGCCGUACCCGAAUCAAAAAAACAAAAAAUUGAGGAGGGCUCCAAACAACAAUAA